UUUGGCGCUGUUGGAUGCAGGGGAGGGUGCUGCGGCUAUUUCCAGAGGGGUUAUCCAGUCACGGAGAAAUAACAGAGGGGCCACGGCGUUGACUAACACCCUCCAAAUGGUCCUCAUCCCGCCGCCCGGCUCUCCCCGCAGAUUCAUCAUCUGUUUGCUGUGACAACCGUCCGUCGACCAGCCCGGAGCCGGUCCAGCAUCUCCACAGGGGCUCAUCCGUCCUUUUUAUUUUAUUUUAUUUGCAGCCUUUUUUGUCUGAUCGUUUGUGAGGAUAAUGGGUAAGGAUUAUUAUAAGACGCUGGGUAUCUCCAAAGGAGCCACGGAGGAGGAUAUAAAGAAAGCUUACAGAAAACAGGCGCUGAAAUGGCAUCCGGACAAAAACAAGUCUCCGGCAGCCGAGGAGAAAUUUAAGGAGAUCGCCGAGGCGUACGAAGUCCUGAGCGAUCCCAAGAAAAGGGAAAUAUAUGAUCAGUAUGGAGAGGAAGGUCUCAAAGGGGGAAAUGGGCCCACGCCUGAUGGACAAGGCACCACCUUCACCUACACCUUCCACGGGGAUCCUCACGCCACCUUCGCUACCUUCUUCGGUGGCUCCAACCCCUUCGAGAUGUUCUUCGGGCGCAAAGCGAGCGGGCGGGACGAGGACGACAUGGAGGUGGACGGCGGCGACCCUUUCGGCUCCUUCCCCAGCUUCAACCUGAACGGCUUCCCCCGGGACGGCCACGCCGGCCUGGGCGGGCAGCAGCGCCGCAAGCAGGACCCCGCCAUCAUCCACGAGCUGAGGGUCUCCCUGGAGGAGGUCUUCCACGGCUGCACCAAGCGGAUGAAGAUCUCCCGCAAGAGGCUGAACCCGGACGGCAGGACCAUGCGGGCCGAGGACAAGAUCCUCACCAUCGAGAUCAAGAGGGGGUGGAAGGAGGGCACCAAAAUCACCUUCCCGCGCGAGGGGGACGAGUCCCCCAACACCAUCCCCGCAGACAUUGUUUUCGUCAUCAAGGACAAACCGCACCCCCAGUUCAGGCGCGAGGGCUCCAACAUCGUGUAUCCCGUCCGCGUGAGCUUAAGACAGUCUCUGUGCGGGUGCUCGGUCACCGUGUCCACGAUAGACGGGAAGACGUGCAACAUGAAGGUCACCGACGUCAUCAAGCCGGGCAUGAGGAGAACUGUGGCCGGGCAGGGCCUCCCCUUCCCCAAAAACCCAGAGCAGAGAGGAGACCUGGUGGUGGAGUUCGACGUGAACUUUCCCGACACGUUGCCCGGCAACGCCAAGGACGUCCUGAAACGGCAUUUACCCACUUAGGAUGAAGGACAUGGACUGGACGGGGGGGG